GCAACCCCUUUUUCUCAUGAGAAAGAGAAGUCGAAUUUAAGAAACGAAAAAGCUUGCUAUACAGAAAAUGACAAACCUUAGCAAAACAGAUUUGAACUGGAUCAAAUCAAACUUCACAAAGAAGUUAUCAGGCGAAGAUGUUUUGGAUGGAUCUCAGGGAGAGGUUGCAACUGAUUUUGGACAAAUUGAUUUUAAAGGGGCCACCCGAAGAGCUCGUGCAAAAUUUAUUCGUCUUAAAACUAGUGAUUCACCUGAAAAAACGUUUGAAUUAAUGACAAGGGUAUGGCAAUUGGAAAAACCAAGAUUACUGAUUUCUGUUACUGGUGGUGCUAAAAGUUUUAAUAUGGAUCCAAAAUUAAAACAACAUUUUGCCAGAGGGCUCCUCAAGGUUGCACAAACACCAGGAGCUUGGGUAAUUACUGGUGGUACCAACACUGGUGUAAUGAAGCAUGUUGGUGAGGCCCUUCAAGGUGCAUCGAAAGCAUGUAUUGGUAUUGCCACAUGGGGUAUAGUCAGCAAACGUGAAAAACUCAUUGGAAGCAACUUAAAUCCUGUUGGAGGAAAAUUUUCCUACAAUGUUGCAAGCAGUUUGGUUGAAAAAGGCGCAUUCCUUGAUCAUAAUCACACUCACUUUUUAUUAGCUGAUGAUGGAUCAUCAGGCAAAUAUGGUGUUGAAAUUUCUGUUCGAUCUGAAUUUGAGAAAUAUAUCAUGAACAGUGUACAAGAGCAAGUUCCAACUGUUUAUUUACUGUUGGAAGGAGGCCCAAAAUCACUUGAGACAGUUUGUGAAGCUGUUGCGAAAGAACCUGUAGUUCCAGUUGUCAUUAUCAAAGACAGUGGAAGAGCAGCUGAUGUAUUGGCAGAUGUCAUAGAUAGGAUUAGUGAGGAUGAUUUGGAGAGAAUCAGAGAUGAGGAAAACAUGGACCAAAAUUUAUUAGAUGUUAUUUUGAAAAAUUUUAAAGAAUUUGUCAUUGAUGAAGAAAAAGACAAUGAGGAAAAACAAAAACAAAAGAAAAACAAUUUGAAGACUGCAUAUUUUAAUGUUUUAAAAUGUUUGGAGAAGAAAGAACAUAUUACUGUCUUUCAAAUGGGAGCAGAAGCAAAUGUUGAUGAAGCCAUAUUGAUUGCUUUGUUAAGUAGUAAAAAGACAUCACCGGCUUCUCAGUUGCGGUUGACAUUGUUGUGGGAUCGUGCAAAUUUAGCAGAAGAGAAAAUUCUGUCGCAAUCAAUUGAAUGGAAGGAAAAGGAAUUGAAUGACAUUAUGAUAAUGGCUUUGGCAAUGGGAAGAGUGGAUUUUGUGAAAUUGUUUUUACAAAAAGGAAUAAGCAUAAAAGAAAUUCUUACCAAUUCUUGCCUUGAAUUUCUUUACGGCUAUCGGUCGCAUAUGAAGACGUCUACAUUAAUGUAUAAAGAUGAAAGUAAUGUGUACAAACAAUCAAAGGUGGACGAGAAGAUUGUGAAGUUGCUAUGUAGCUAUGAAGGGAUAGAUGUAUCAAAAGCAGCUCUUCAAAUGGAACACGUACAAAAGAUUAUCAACAAGUUGUUAACCAACUUUAUACAACAAAAAGAUGAAAAGUUUAUUGAGAAUCUAUCUUCAAACAAAACAUUAUCGGGAAGCAUGCCAUUAACCGAUGCUCAUCAAACAUUUGAGUACCCGUUUCGAGAGUUGUUUUUCUGGGCUGUUCUCAAUAACAUGCAAGACAUGGCAAUGUAUUUGUGGGGAUUUGAAGAAGAUGGGAUGGCGAAAGCAUUGAUUGCUGGUGAAAUUUACAAUGCACUUGCUGAUCAAGCUGAGAUGCAUGACAUGCCUGAUAACAUUACAAACGCACUGAGACAAAAUGCUUUAGAUUUUAACAGCUAUUCCUUUAAAUUGUUGGAUGAGUGUUACAGAACAGAUACAACAAAGACAGAACAACUACUCACAUGUAGAUGUUCCCAAUUCCCCCAACAGACAUGUUUAAAAUUAGCCAUUGCUUCAAACCACAAGGAGUAUGUUUCACAUAGCGCUGUGCAGGUGCUACUUAACGACGUGUGGACAGCUGCAAUCAAACAAAAGGAUAUCACAUCAGCUCAAGUUUUAACUGCUAUGUUCUUUCCACCUUAUAUUUGCUACAAAUUUGAUUUUCGCAAUUCUGCAGAACUCAAGAAAAUGGUCAAAGCUGAAGACGCAGAUAGCGAUGGAAAGGAUGAAACAACCGACAAGAAAAAUCUCGAAGAUGAGAGCAGCACAAGUGAAUCUCAAACGCAUUUAGUUGGAACGAAACAACCCAAUUAUAGCUCAAUCAAUGAAGAAACAAGGAUGGAGAAAUCUCAAGAGCUGCCUUGGUACCAGAAACUAAUUGAAUUUUAUUUCAAGACACCCAUGACAAAGUUUUAUGCUAAUGUGAUUGCAUAUUUCGUGUUUUUGGGAUUGUUUGCCUAUGUUGCCAUUUCAAAGAAGAAUUCCAAAAUGGAGAUACCGGAGUAUAUUUUAAUCAUUUUUGUGGUCAACUUAUUAGUGGAAGAGAUUAAUCAGUUCAUCAACAGUGAAUCGCCCACGCUAAGUUCCAAAUUUAAAGAAUGGUCUUCAAAUAAGUGGAACUUGAUGGAUUUUGUGGCUAUUGUGUUGUUUUUUGUUGCACUUGGUUUGAGACUCCACUCAAGUACGGCAGACAUUGGUCACCUCUUGUAUGCGUUGGAUGCAGGCUUGUGGAUAUUACGUUUGUUGGAUGUGUUUUAUGCUCAUCGCAUUUUGGGACCUUAUGUUGUGAUGAUUUAUAAAAUGUUUAUCGACAUGAUGUAUUUUUUGGUGAUAUUGUUCGUGUUCUUGCUUGCUUACGGUGUAGCUACAAAAGCUAUUUUGCAACCGCAAGCUGCAGGCUGGCACAUGCUUCGUGAUAUUUUUUUCCAUCCCUAUUAUAACAUCUAUGGCGAGUUGUUUAUUGACCGCGAUCCAGAAAACAACAGUACAACCCGAUUUGGAACACCAACAAUCAACAGCUAUGCUGAACCGAUUGCAUGGACACUUUUGGGCGCAUAUCUGUUAAUUGCAAAUGUUCUUCUCCUCAAUCUUCUUAUUGCAAUUUUCAACAACACCUUUACAGAAGUUGAAGAAAAUUCAUCGCAGAUAUGGAAGUUUGAACGUUAUCAUUUGAUCAUCGAAUAUGCAAAUCGACCAGCAUUGGUUCCACCCUUUAUGUUGUUAUGUCAUAUUUACAUGUUUUUUGAUUGGUUGUUCAGCAAGUGCUGUCGAUCAGACGCGACCUCGAAGUCAAAAAAUUUGCAGCUUUCUGCAUCUGAUGAAGAACUGGAAGAGUUGGUCGAGUUUGAGAUCGAAUGUAUGGCAAACUUUCAAAGAGCGCAGGCGAAAACCUCUUCGGAAUCCCUUGAGUAGUGAUGUGAGAUGUUUUGGAUAAGUGAGUGAUUAUUUUGUGUUGUAGAUUUUAAGUAAAUGCGCUUUUAGCUAGGUUUUGCCUUUUUUUUAACAAAAGCUUAAUGCUAAGGUGUUCACUGAAGAAAAAAAGUAGAAGCCUCACUAAGUAAAUUGAGUUUGCCUUGUAGAAUUUUAAUACAAGUAGAAUUUUGUUAGAAUUUUAUACAUGUAGACUUUUGUUAAAUUUUAAAACAUCGCUAGUCUUAAAUGUAGCAUGAGUUCUAAAAUCGCCUACGAUUUUUUGUGAAAUUUUGUGAUUAAACUUUACUGUAAAAACAUUUAGUAAAAGUGUGUCGGUCACUGGUUUCAGAAACAUGCAGUGACAAAUUUUCUUAGCUCUUUGUAAUAUGUUUGACUGACUGGUUUUUACGCAGGAUGUAAAACGUAUGCAGCACUGUAUAUAUUUUGAUUAGUCUUCUUACAAAUUGAAUGGUUGUUAAUGAAUAUUUUUCUGAAUUUUUGGUUAUCAGGGUUUACUACAUUUAAUUUUAUUUUUAAUUUUUGAUUAUUUUUCUUAAUUUUGAGAUUUUUUUGUAAUUUUGCACAAAUUUCGUAUUUUUUUACACAAAUUUAGUAUUUUUUAUUUUUUUCGUAUAAUUUUUGGUAAUAAAUAAAUCAUUAAAAAUAAA